AUGGCAAAUCCUGGUUCUGUUCAUUGGGAGGCUUUGAAGUGGCUUCUAAGAUAUCUUAAGCACACUGCCAAGUAUGGGCUGUGUUACUCUAAAUGUGAUGAUGGUGUUUUACUAACUAGUUUUGUGGAUUCCAACUAUGCUAAUGACAGAGAUAAGAGGAAGUCAACUACCUCCUAUGUGUUCACUGUUUGCAGGUCAUGUGUUAGUUGGAAAUCACAGCUGCAACAUAUUGUGGCCUUGUCUACUACUGAGUCAGAAUAUAUUGCUAUCACUGAGGCAAUGAAAGAAGCUGUUUGGUUAAAGGGAGUUCUCUCUGAACUUAAGUUUGUGAAUGAAACUCCUACUGUGUUUUCUGAUUCUCAAUCUGCUAUUCAGUUGUGUAAAAACCCUGUGCACACUGACAAAAACCCUGCUGAUAUGGGGACUAAAUGCUUGCCUGUUGAUAAAUUGCUCACUUGCAUUAGGAUUUUGCAUUUUGAUUGUGGAUCUAACCUUGUGGGCUAUGAUGAAAAUGCCUAA